AUGAGUUUCCUGUGGGGACCGACGCAGCAGCAGCAAGAGUGGGACACGCUCAUCGACAAGACAACGAGCGACCUCCUCCCCGCCCAAACCCCACUCGACCUCGUCGCCGCCCUCCAACUCGCAGACCUCGUCCGAUCCGCCUCUGUCAUCCCGGCCUACGCGUCCCGCUCCCUCCUCCGCCGAAUCCAGUACGACAACCCCAACGUACAGCUCCUCGCGCUCGAGUUGUGCGACGUCUGCGUCAAGAAUGGCGGGACGGCGUUCCUCGUCCAGUUCGCAAAGACGGCGUUCGAGGGCGGCGUAGCGACCGACCUCGAGCUGCUUGCGCGCGGAGUCAAGUCGGGCGGAUCGGUGCACCGCGACGUCAAGGACAAGGUCCUCGCGAGGCUGCAGGAUUGGGCCACCGCGUUCAAGGGCAAGGACCAGCUGCGCGACUCGGAACUCGUCCGCGUGUACGACAAGCUCGUCAAGGAGGGCGUCCAGUUCCCUCCGCGAGACCCAACGGCGACGGCCGCAAUGGUCGACUCGCUCUCGGCCCCGGACUGGACCGACUCGCCCUACUGCACGCGCUGCCGCACCGAAUUCUCCACCUUCAACCGCAAACACCACUGCCGAAACUGCGGCCAAGUCUUCGACCAGCAAUGCUCGUCGUCCGCCGCUCCCCUCCCUCACUAUGGGAUCCUCGAGCCUGUCAGGGUGUGCGACGGGUGCGCGAAGAAGAUCAGAGAGGGGAAGGGUGGGAGCGUACAGAGACAUGCGAGUUAUUCGGCGGGACAGCGGGAGGCGAAGAGGCCUGCGCAGGUUGAGCGGAGUAAGACUGUAAGUGCCAAGGGCGGGCUGUCGCGCAAGGAGCAGGAGGACGAGGACCUACGGAAGGCGAUCGAGGCGUCCCUCAAAGAGGUCGAGCCGGACCAGCUGCCUCGAGCCCAUCCAGGUCCGCCGGCCAAGUCGGGGUACAACCCGUCGUAUGCGUCGCAGAUCUCGGAUUCGAAGGGCGCAUCGUCGUCGGCGAAGAAGGACGAGGAGGACGACCCGGACCUGGCAGCGGCUAUCGCGGCGAGCUUGAGAGACUUGCAACCUCCUGCGACUGCGCCGUCAUUCGCACGCAGCGAGUCAGAGGCGACAAUUCCCACCUCGACAGCCUACUCGUCGCUCUUCCCCUCUUCCACCGCCUACGACUCGCCCGCCGCCUCCCGCCCAAAACCCAUGUCUCUCCCCUCCUACGACCUCUCCGCGACCGAAUCCGCCCUCCUCUCCGACUUUACCUCCCUCUUUGCCUCUCCCCCUUACCCGCCUUACCUCGGCCCGAAAGAACGGAGAAUGUAUGACGAGGCGUAUGCGACGCAGGGAAGGCUCGAUCGCGCGAUGGAGGACGCGAGGAGGAGGAGGGAGAUACUGAGCGAGAUGGAGUGGAAGUUGGGUGAGGCGGCGAGGUUGUAUGGCGCGGGUUUGACAGAGCGCGCAAGCUAUCGGCCGCCACUGUCGAACCGCCUCUCCUCCUACUCCGCCACUUCUCAGGCCUACGCCCAGCCUCAGCACCACCAGCCCUACCACGCUCCUCCCGCCGCCGCCCAACCUCUCGACGCACGCUACCAAUACGCCCCUCCGCCCGCACUGACAGGCCAGCCUCUUCCCGCCUACGCCAUACCCGUCGCGCCCGUCCCUCCAUCCGCAGUACCGCAACACGCCGAAGUCGCCUCUCCUCCGCCGGUGCAAGCCUACCCUCAAUCGCCUCACCAAGCUCAGCCGCACCGACAACCGUCCCAACCAGUCCCAGCGGGUUACUACAAGCCAUCUUCUUUCCCCUCCGUGCCGACAGGUGCACAAGGCGCGUUGUUUCCGGCCGUACCGAAGGGCGAGUUGCCUGUCGAGGAGGAGCCGGAGCAGGAGGAGGAGGAGGAGGAGGAGCGUGGCCGGACGGGGGAGUUGAUCGAGUUGUAG